AUGUUAUCGAGGCAACUCUUCCAACAAGUAUCUCGGCUUUCGACUAGCAGAAUACUUUCUGCUGAUUUUGAGGUCACUGAAGCGUCGCCAAAUGUUUUUCAUGUGGAAUUGAAUCGACCUGAAAAACGGAACACUUUCGCCCUCGAACAAUGGAUGAAAAUUGGGGAGAUUUUCGACGGUUUGUCGAAGAAUCCCAAGUGUCGGGCAAUUGUUUUAUCUGGUCGUGGAAAAAGCUUCUGUGCGGGCAUCAAUCUUCAAGAGGGAUUUGCGGAAAUUAUGGGAAUGAUUAACAAUGAAGAAUUAGACAUUGCACGAAAGGGGCGAAAAGUUGGCGAAUACAUUCAAACCGCGCAGGAUGGUUAUACGGCGAUUGAGAAAUGCAUUAAACCUGUCAUCGUAGCCAUUCAUUCGCAUUGUAUUGGUGCGGGCAUCGAUAUGAUAACUGCCUGUGAUAUUCGAUAUGCAACGACAGAUGCAACUUUUUCAAUCAAGGAAGUAGAUGUUGGCUUAGCUGCAGAUGUGGGCACACUCAACAGAAUUCAGAAAGUUGUUAGCAGCGACUCUUUGACUCGCGAACUUGCGCUAACAGCUCGUGAUUUUACAGCGGAUGAGGCUCUUAACUAUGGUCUUGUGUCUUCAUUAUGCCCUGAUCGUGAAGCUGUGAUUAAGAAGGCCUUGAACACAGCGGCAAUCAUCGCCGAAAAAAGUCCAAUAGCAGUGCAAGGUACGAAGUUGCAUUUGAACUACUCACGGGAUCAUUCAGUUCGCGAAUCUCUCGAUUAUAUCAAGGUUUGGAAUCAAUCGCAAUUACUUAGUGAAGAUCUUCUCACCGCUGGAAUGGCUUCCAUGCAAAAGCAAAAAGCUACCUUUAAGGAUGUGGACUAUGUUCAGACUUUUGACCUGAAAUCAUUUUCUAGGGUAGUCUCAAGAGGGAAGAUGUUCAACACGGGGAAAUUCGCCGGCAAGACUGCGAUCAUUAGCGGUGCAUCACGAGGAAUCGGAAAGGAAAUCGCUUUGAAACUUGCAAAAGAUGGAGCAAACAUUGUGGUUGCAGCGAAAACCACAACUCCACACCCAAAAUUACCGGGUACCAUAUUUACUGCCGCUGAGGAAAUUGAGAAGGCCGGUGGCAAAGCCCUUCCAUUUCCAGUCGAUGUCCGUGAUGAGAAAUCAGUUUCCGAAUGCGUGCAAGAAACGGUUAAAAAGUUUGGCGGUGUCGAUAUCCUUAUCAACAAUGCUUCAGCGAUCUCGUUGACUGGCACUUUGGACACCGAAAUGAAGCGUUUCGAUUUGAUGCAUCAGAUUAACACAAGAGGAACUUUUCUUUUAUCGAAGACGUGUUUGCCUUACUUGAAGCAAGCGAAGAAUCCACAUAUUCUGAAUAUCUCCCCACCACUUAUCAUGGACUCACUAUGGUUUAGGAGUCACGUUGCCUACACCAUGGCCAAAUACGGAAUGUCGAUGUGUGUCCUUGGUAUGAGUGAGGAGCUUCGUUCAGAUGGAAUUGCCGUUAACGCACUCUGGCCUUUGACUGCCAUUUGGACAGCUGCUAUGGAUAUGUUAUCAUCGGGUGAAGGAUCUGAUGGAAGUCGGCAUCCAAGCAUAAUGGCUGAUUCUGCGUAUGCAAUCUUGAGCCGACGUGCAAAAGAAUACACUGGGAAUUUUGCAAUCGAUGAAGAUAUUUUGAAAGAGGAAGGGAUCACUGACUUUGAACGCUACGCUGUGAAGCCAGGCUCUCCACUUAUUGCCGACUACUUUUUACCAGCUGACCGCCUUAAACAGUUCCAAUUGACCAUCGAUAGCAGCAAAAAUGCCAAACGGUCCACAUCACGAAAUGCAAUUUCAAAGGAGAUCUUGGGAAAAGAAAUUGAAAAGAUAAGUGGUGUCAUUCAAUCUGCAUUAAAUGAAGAGCUCGUCAAAAAACUCAACGCUAUUUUUGUUUUCAAUAUCACUGGAGCUAAUGCUAAAUCGGUGACAAUCAAUCUCAAGGAAGGAGCUGGCUCUGUUACUGAAGCGAAACCAGAGAAGGCCGAUGUCGAAUUCACUUGCUCCGAUGAAGACUUUCUGAAGCUUUUCACUGGAGAACUUUCGGCGCUGGUUGCAUUUUCAAUGAAGAAACUUCAAAUUAAGGGUAACAUGCAAAAAGCCAUUGCUCUAGAGGGUCUCAUGAAGAAAAUGAAAGCCAAGAUG